CUGACAGCGGAGUUGAUACAAUAUAAAACUCGCGCGCUGCACUAACAUUAAACUUUCAUUUUAAGGUGGGGGCCACAAAAUACUGUCCCAAGGGCCACGAGUUUGAGACCCCUGUUUUAGGAGAAGUAAGACACUAACUUUAAAGCUACUUCUGGUCCUGCAGCUCAUGCUAAUGAGGUAAAGAGGAAGGAAGCCCUGCUGGGGUUGAACAGCAGCUUAGUACCAACUCCAGAAGAGAGGAGCUGACCUCAGAGACAUCAGCCUCCUCUUUAGUGUAGACGUGUUGGUGGUGACUUAGUGAAUAAAGAGUUUCUGAUCUGCUGAUUCAACACAGAGGAGCAGCUAUGAGUUCAUCAGCCGGUGGAUUAGUCGUCUUCCUUCUCUCUGUACAAGCUGCUCAUGCAUGGUAAUCAUCUAAAGGGGAAGCAGCACUUUUCAUCAGCUCCUACAAACACACAAGUUGUCUUUGGGUACCUCGUCCCUCUCUUGGACAGCUGAUAGUGGAGGACGUGUUUUAACAGAGAGGGAUGGGUGGAGCAGCUCUGAGGUUCACAGCAGCUGUGAGUGGGUUAGUCAUCUUCCUGCUGUCUGCAUCAGUCAUUCGGGGUGAGGAUGGCUGCAGAGUUUCUUACAGUUCCUCCUGGAUCUGUGGAUUACAAGGAUCCACCUUGGAGAUGCACUGCAGCUACACCCCCCCCUCCAGAACCAGUGAAGGGGUCACAGUGCAGCGGGCCUUCUGGUUUACCGACAGGCAGCACGGGCCCCCGGUGGACCUGAGAACAGACCCGGGAUACGCGGGGCGGGUGCAGUACAGUUACCAUAGCAACCGCUGCUUCCUGAGCAUCAGCCACCUGAGAGCCAGCGACUCGGCUGUGUACAGGUGUGCUGUGUUCAUGUUCACCACAAACCAACCGGACAGGAAGUGCACCGGCCAACCGGGAGUCCGUCUGUCCGUCACAGGUAUCGAUCCAAGCGCCCGAUACUUGGGAAGCACUGCUGGUGUCUGUGGAAGGAUUCACACACUGUGUGUUGUUUCUACUGAUCCAGGUUUACAGGUGGAGGUCAGCAAGUUACAAUCCUGUCGUGUACAAACGUGUAAAUCAGCAGAGCUGACGUGUCAGAGCGGAUGUCUUCUACCUGGUCCAACCUUCUACAGCUGGUACAAGAACGGAGAGAAAAUGACGGUGAAAGGAACAACAACGAUUGGGGGCUUUUUUUAUCCUGAAGAGAGCUGGUCCUGUGCUGUGAGAGGAUACGAGGAGCUCCGGUCCCCCCCACAGUGUGUUUACGGUCAAUCCUGCAACGUAGUGACGUACCAUGAAAGAAGCAUCUGUGCCUUCAGAGGAUCUUCAGUGGACAUUUCUGCCACAUAUAACAGUAGAUCUGUCACCUCUAAGUUCUGGUUCAGCCCUCGGCGUAGUGGUCGUUGGAAGCAUCUCGCUAAACCAGAAGACCUUCGUGAAGAAUCCCAGUACGAAGGUCGUGUUGAGGUCCUUGAUACCGAGAGGGGACAAUCCACCCUAAGAAUCAAAGACCUGAGAGAGAGCGAUUCAGCUGAGUACCGCUUCAAGUUCACCACACGGAGCUUUAAAGGGAGCAGCGGUUUACCUGGAACCACUUUGACCGUCAAAGAUCCAGAUGUGCAGGUGCACGUGAUCUGGUCUCCUGGGGGUCCAAAGCUGAUUUGCCACAGCAGCUGUGUCCCUCAUGUCCCUCGCCCGUCCUUCGGUUGGUAUCGCAACGGAACCACGAAGGUUAAGGGUGAAGCGUCUCUUUCUUACGGAGGAUCCGUCGACCCCGCCGACAGUUUCUCCUGCGCUUACCAGAGCCGCCGCUCCCCUCCAGUGUAUGCUCCGAGGGUUCCCUCAGUGUCAGUGAGUCCAUCUGCUGAGAUGAUGGAGGGUGGUUCAGUGAAUCUGACCUGUAGCACUGAUGCUAACCCAGCAGCUAACUACACCUGGUACAAGGAUGAUGGAACUUCAGACCCUCGUCUUCUCAGUGAAGAACCUCAGCUGGUCUUCAGCUCCAUCCAGUCCUCUGACUCUGGAAGGUAUUCCUGUGCAGCUGAGAACCAGCUGGGGAGGAAGAGGCACACGUCUCCUCCAGAUGGUCCGAGGGUUCCCUUUGUGUCGAUGAGCUCAUCUGGUGACAUCAUGAAGGGAAGUUCAGUGAAUCUCACCUGUAGCACUGAUGCUAACCCAGCAGCUAGCUACACCUGGUACAAGGAGGAUGAAGACUCACCACGAGCAUCAGGACAGAUGUUCACCAUCACUGACUUCAGAGCUGAACUCAGUGGGAAUUAUUACUGUGAAGCCCAGAACGAGAUGGGACGUAGUACCUCCACCUUACUUCUGAAUGUUUUAGGUUCAGGAACAUGGAAAUCAGCCUCCGUGUGGACCAUCUCUGCAGUGCUGCUGGCCAUCGUGCUGCUAGCUGCCUUCCUGUGGAGGAGGAGAAAGAAGGCUGAAGGUGGAGAGAGACCCUCCAACAGAGCGCAGUCCAACAUGGAUCCGGUGCACGACGCUACGGCCGCUCCAGCACCGAGACAACGGGCCGAACCGCUCCACUACUCCAGCCUCCGCUUCCCCCACAGGCAGGAAGAGGCCCUCUACUGGAACAUCAGGUCAGCUCCGCCCCGCAGACAGGACCAGGACCAGCACCAGGACCAGGACCAGGACCAGCACCAGGACCUGGACCAGCAGCAGGACCAGGACCUGGACCAGGAGGUUGAAUACACUGCUGUCAGAUCGGACAAUGCCUGUGGUGCCCCGCGAACCAGGCGUCAAGAAGACGACGUGGAUUUGUUUGCUUUGUACACAACGAUCCAAAAAUGUGCCCCAUCUGUUAUUUAGUAAAGGGAUUAUCAUUCAUUAAAAAAUAAUUAAAAUG